UGCGUUAGUAGACGACUUGAAACCUUUCUGUUUUUUUAAAUACUUUGUAAUAUUUUAUUUAAAAGAACAAAAUCUAUACACAUUUUUCAUGGUUCUCUUUUGAAAUUAAUCAAAAGGUGUUCUUAAUGAAGUUAUUUCUUAAAGACGUAUUUCGAACAACAGUUCUUCAGGAUGCUACAGCUAAAACAAUUAAUUGGAUCCAUUAUUUCAUCGUAUUUAGGACCUUAUAAAAGCAAUAAAUUAGUUGUUGAAGACAAAGAUGCCUGUAUGAUAAUGUGCCCAGUACUUCUUUUACAAAAAAUGAAUAAUAAGAAUCAUAUCAGCUAUCUCAUUGAAGAAACUCUGAGUUCACAUCAUGAGCAAUAUGGCUGUUCAUCAGUAUCUCUCUUGACAAUGUGGUACUUAUGGAAUGAUGAGUUUCAAACUGCACUUCAAGAGGGUUGUGAGAUUGCAGAUAUCAUAGAACAUUCCCAAAGCAUUCUAGAACUUGUUAUCUCCCAUCUAUUAGACAUUGUCAUACUUUGUGAUGAAACAUUUUUGAAAAUUCAAUACACAAAAAACAAAUCUCAUCAACUUCAUAAAUCUGAGAGCUCCUUUAAUCAAUCAAAAAGACAUCCUUUUGAUAAAUACAGUGAAAAACACAUUAUUUUUAAGCAAUCAUCAAAUAAAAUUCCUAUUGGUAUUCAAUACAGUAGCCGUCAUUUUUCACCUACGCAAUCACAUUACAUAUCUGGAGAACAAAAUGCUUUAGGUGAAGAGACAAAUGAUGAAAGUUUGGAAAAUGAUUGCCAUGAAAUAUCUGCACUAACAGAUGCAUUAAAAAGUUCAAUGUAUUCUGUGGUUGAAAAAUUGAGCCAUGGAGCUUCUGAAUUUACAAACUUAAUAUACAAGACAUGGAUAAACCAAGUUGAGACUUCGAAUUCUUUCAAAUUUAAUAUUGAUGGUAUAGUUAUUUGUCCUGUUACUUUGCCAAGCUCCUAUUCUACAGUUGUUGAUGGAUUAAUAAUCAAAUCCAGUAUUAGAUAUCUUCAUGAUCAAGAUCUGAAUAUUGAAAAAAGCAGAGCUUUGAUUAUUCAAGGAAGCAUUACUUUUGAAUUUACUCACUUGGGAUAUUCUCAAAAUGUGUGUGUCACUUUAAAGAAGUCCUCUGAACAGUUGAAAAUAUCAGCAAAAGAUGAAUGGAUCCAAAAAUGUUGUGAUCUUCUCUUAGAUUUAGAAAUAAAUUGUUUACUUGUAACUGGAGAAGUAGAUCCUGCCAUUACAAGUUUUUGUUCUACCAAUUCAAUAUUUUUGUUGCCUUGUAUUUCUUGGACUUUUCUGCAAGACCUUUGUGUGGCUGUAAAUGAAACACCUUGUGUAUACCUUUUAGAAUGUGAGCAUGAAAAUGUCAUUUCAAACUUAACUAUAAAAAAAUGGGAUUUUGGACAAGAUGAAGUGAAAGAUGAAGACUUUUAUGUUCAUAUUAGGAUUUUUACUCCUCAUGAAGCUAAAAAAAUAAAUACUAUAGUAUUGUGCCAUCCAAAUGAACUUGUCCUGACCAAUAAAGGGCACCAAUUCUGGCAUCUAGCAUCACGUUUAUACUUAGCCAUGAAAGAAAAUCAGUUACUUCCUGGUGGAGGAAAAACAGAGAAAUGGUGUUCAGAUUUUUUACAGAAAUUUCAUACCAAAAAUGAUAAUGAGGAAAGGAUCAAAAUAGCCAUUCAAAAAGGAUUUUUGAAUUAUUUUGAAAUCCUACAAGAAAAAAUGAAAAGCUCCAGUGAAAUAAAUUCUGAAGAUUCAUUAGAUGAAAUGCAAUCAAAAAUACAAGCAUGGAAAUCUGCAAUGGCCCUGGUCCUUGUUUUACUUCAGUGUGAUUGUUUAAUUGUAAAUGGUUGUGAUGAUACGAUUUUCAAUGAAAAUUUAAUUGGAUUUUUAUGAAUAAGAAUGCUUCUUCCUAGGUAUUCUUCCCUCCAUAUAUAAUAUUUCAACUAAAUCAUUACUGAU